CAUCUAGGUAACCGGCGCCUGCGCAGAGGCCCCGGAGCGGAGCCUCGGGCUGGGACUCUGCCUUGCGCGCUCUGUCCCUGUGGCUUUGCUCGGAUCCGACGGCCGGUUCCACCAUGAACCGGUGCGCCGAGGCGGCAGCAGUGGCGGCCACCGUGCCGGGCGCCGGGGAGGCGGGGCUGCGGCCACCCAUGGUGCCCCGCCAGGCGUCCUUCUUCCCGCCGCCAGUGCCCAACCCCUUCGUGCAGCAAACGCGGAUCGGCGCGGCGAGGCGGAUCCAGAUUUGCAUUCUUGGAAUUAUCCUACUUCCACUUCGUGUCUUACUAGUGGGGAUAAUUCUGUUGCUGGCCUGGCCAUUUGCUGCGAUUGCAACAGUGUGCUGUCCUGAGAAGCUGACCCACCCAAUGACUGGUUGGAGGAGGAAAAUUGCUCAGCGAGCUUUGAAGUUUCUGGGUCAUGCCAUGUUCUUCUCGAUGGGAUUUGUAGUUUCUGUGAAAGGAAGGAUUGCGAGUCCUUUGGAAGCGCCCAUUUUUGUCGUGGCCCCUCAUUCAACAUUCUUCGACGGCAUCGCUUGUGUUGUAGCUGGGUUACCGUCUUUGGUGUCUCGAAAUGAGAAUGCACAGACCCCUCUGGUUGGCAGACUGUUACGGGCUGUGCAGCCAGUGUUGGUAUCUCGUGUGGAUCCGGAUUCCAGAAAAAACACAAUCAACGAAAUAAGAAAACGAGCAACAUCAGAAGGGCAGUGGCCCCAGAUACUAGUUUUCCCAGAAGGCACUUGUACUAAUCGUUCCUGUUUGAUUACUUUUAAACCAGGUGAGAUAAAUUAAAUUACGUAUUGUAACAAAGUAGUGUGGAAGAUUUCUCAAACCUUGGAUAGUAGUAGAAACAGCAACUCUUUAUUUUGCUCUGAGAAUUUCUUCUUUUUGUAUAAAAAGUGUUUAAUCCACAAAACAAUUUUGCUUUCUCUUUGCGUAUCAUUACCCUUUCUUCCUGGUAGAGUCCCCUGCACCUUGU